ACUUAUUUUGUCACACACCUUCUUCAUAUUAUUCUUUUCUCUUUCUUCUAUUAUAAUUAUUCAUUCACUACAACACUAACAACAUAAACAUGGAACUUAGUAUCAUGUUUUGUUUGUUUACUUCUUUUCUCCUCAUUGUUUUGUUCAAAAUAUUCAUCAAACCCUUUGUCUCCAAAACACAUGACUUGCCACUACCACCUGGUUCCAUGGGUUGGCCUUACAUAGGAGAAACUUUUCAACUAUAUUCUCAAGACCCAAAUGUCUUUUUUGCAUCAAAAAUUAAAAGGUAUGGUUCUAUGUUCAAGUCUCACAUUUUAGGGUGUCCUUGUGUGAUGAUUUCAAGUCCUGAAGCUGCAAAAUUUGUGUUGAACAAAGCUCAACUUUUUAAGCCAACAUUUCCAGCAAGCAAAGAGAGGAUGUUGGGAAAACAAGCUAUCUUUUUUCAUCAAGGAGAGUAUCAUGCUAACUUGAGAAGACUUGUUCUUCGUUCCUUCAUGCCAGAAGCCAUCAAAAACAUUGUUCCUGACAUUGAAUCCAUUGCUGAAGAUUGUCUUAAUUCAUGUGAAGGACGGUUAAUCACAACUUUCCUUGAAAUGAAAACGUUCACAUUCAAUGUUGCACUCCUUUCAAUAUUUGGAAAAGAUGAAAUUCUAUACAGAGAGCGUUUAAAACAGUGUUACUACUCACUUGAAAAAGGAUACAAUUCAAUGCCAAUUAACCUUCCUGGAACACUCUUCCACAAAGCUAUGAAAGCAAGGAAAGAACUUGCAAAGAUCUUGGCUCAAAUAAUCUCAAGUAGAAGACAGAAAAAACAAGAUUACAAAGACUUGUUAGGUUCAUUCAUGGAAGAAAAAGCAGGACUAAGUGAUGAACAGAUAGCAGAUAAUGUAAUUGGAGUCAUAUUUGCAGCUCGUGACACAACAGCUAGUGUGCUUACGUGGAUUGUUAAGUACCUUGGUGAAAAUAUCAGUGUCUUAGAAGCAGUGAUCGAGGAACAAGAGUGUAUAUUGAAGAGCAAGGAAGAAAAUGGUGAAGAAAAAGGUCUUAAUUGGGAAGAUACAAAGAAGAUGGUAGUAACUUCAAGGGUUAUUCAAGAGACUCUUAGGGUUGCUUCAAUUUUGUCUUUUACUUUUAGAGAAGCAGUUGAAGAUGUUGAAUAUCAAGGAUAUCUUAUACCAAAAGGGUGGAAAGUAUUGCCACUGUUUAGGAAUAUACACCAUAGUCCAAAAAAUUUCAAAGAUCCUGAGAAGUUUGAUCCUUCAAGAUUUGAGGCUGCUGCAAAACCCAAUACUUUUAUGCCAUUUGGCAGUGGGGUCCACGCUUGUCCUGGCAAUGAAUUAGCCAAGUUGGAGAUUUUGGUCCUCUUGCAUCAUCUCACCACAAAGUACAGGUGGUCUGUGGAGGGUGCAAAAAAUGGAAUUCAGUAUGGCCCUUUUGCUCUUCCUCAAAAUGGAUUGCCCAUCAUAUUACAUUCUAAGAAGUAGAUAUCACUCCAACAUAAGAUUGAACUAAGUUAAUCUCAUAUUUUAUAAGAUCUUUCUGAAUAUAGAAAUAUUGAAUUCUUAUUUUAGUCUGGAUAUGCGAUGUCAAUCUAGUUGGAAUAACUUUCUCUCGCUGACGCUACUUGUUUGUUGCUGUAAGAAGAAGAAUUCUUGUUGUAGCUCUAAUUGAAUUCAACUCUCUCAAGAAAAUGAGGAAAGUCCAAUAUCAUGUUGCAAAUUCUACAAAGGAGAUGAGAUCAACUCUUGCUUACUUUUUGGCCUAUAGACACCCAAAGGGGUAGUCUUGAGAAUAGCAUAUCAAAUAGGGAUGUCAAGUGUAUAUAAGAGGUUUCAUACUCUCAAAGAUCUUUUUUAUUUUUUCAACUUCUCUGUGUCCAAAUUUGAGGAAAAGUCCUCAAAAGAUUGUAUUGGUACUUGUUACAUGAUGACAUUGUAACCUAGAAAUAAUGUUAGGGUCCAAUUAACAAAUGUCCUAAGGACAUUAGAUAGAGACACCCAAUUAAAUAUUUUUAAUUACAUCAAGUGUUAUAUAUUUUUGUUCUUUUA